AUGGCGAGAACAAAAAAUUGUAAGCGCAGCACUGGAGGCAAAGCUCCACAAGGCAUCCAAGUAGAAAAAAAGCCGUGCACUACACACCGUCGCUACUCGGUGAUCACCGAGGGUGGGCGCCCUAUCAUGAACUUCAGCUUGAAAGUAGCCAAUCAUGUAUUGCAAAAAAGUCUUACGGAAAACAACAAUAGUCCUACAAACAUGGUAUUAUCUCCGCUUUCAAUCGACGCCGUGCUUAACAUCUUGGCCCUAGGAUGCCACGGUCCGACGCUAGAGCAAUUGCUUGAGCUACUUGGGUGCAACGACGUCAAUGAAUUUAAUGAGAUGGCGUCGGGUUUAGCCGAUGUGCUUAGGGAAUCAAAGGGUGAUGAUGCGCCUGAAAUCUCUUUUGCUAAUAUAUUGUGGGUUGAUAACAAGUUCCCUUUAAAACCUCCGUUUCGAGAGGUUUUAAGGACUGAAUUCCAAACUGAAGCUUGGCCUGUUGAUUUCAAUAACAAGGAUGAAGUGAAGCAAAUGGUAAGUGAAGUGAAUAUUUGGUCAGAAUCAAUAUCAAAGGGCUUUAUAAAACAAAUAAUUUCGGAAAACAUGAUUGCUAAAGACACCAUGAUGCUAUUGUUAAAUGCCUUGUACUUCAAAGGAACAUGGGUUAACAGAUUCAAGACUGAAGAGACUAAAGAUGAAGACUUUUACUUGCUCAAUGGAAACAAAGUUCAAGUCCCCUUCAUUGGACAAACUCAUAAGAGCUUCGACUAUGGAACUUUCGAGGGAUGUCAAGUCUUAAGGAUGCUAUACAACGAAGAAGAAGUCGAAAAGGGUGAAAAAGCUAGGAGCUUUUCAAUGUACAUUUUCUUGCCUGAACAAAAGGACGGAUUGCCAAAUCUAAUGCAAAACAUCAAUAUAGACGCGGCCAUGUUUAGGGACAGGAUUAAGCUCGAGAGUACAUCAAUUGCCAAACUCUCCAUUCCGAAGUUUAAUUUUGAAUCCCAAGUUCAACUCUCGUACCCUAUGAAAGAGUUAGGAUUGACAUUGCCAUUUGAUAAGCAUAACAAGGAUCUUACGGGAUUCGUUGACUUUCCGGUUGAAAGUCAAGGGCUUUUUGUUACAAAUGUGGUUCAAAAAUGUCGUGUGGAAGUUGAUGAAGAAGGAACCAAAGCCGUGGCUUUCACCCGUGUUCAUCUAGCCACAAAGGCAGCGCGAAGGUUAACUCCGCCACCACCACCAAUAAACUUUGUGGCGGACCAUCCAUUCAUGUUUAUUAUUAGGGAAGAUUUUUCAGGGGCUAUACUUUUCGUUGGCACAGUGGUUGAUCCUCAAUCUACAAGAGUAAGAUAA